AUGCAGGCGCUGGUGAAGGUUUUCCUCCGCCUGCUCUCCUUCCUGCUGCCUCCCUCCUGGCUGCAGGCGGGCUCAUGCUGGUGGGCCGGGCCUGAGCAGCUCCACGACUCGCCACGUCUCAAACGCGCAAAGCCUCUUAAAGACGACGCCCGCCCUCCUCUUCUUCCUCCUCCUCCUCCUCCUCCUCCAGCACCUAGCCCCGGCUCGCGAGCGGCUGCCUCCUCCAGUCCCGCGGGCUCUGCGUGGAGGGGGAUCCGGGAGCUCUGGCAGGCCGUGCGCCUCGCGCUCCUCCCGAGAGCCCGAGCUUCCUCCGAACCCAGCGCGAGCAUGAACGCCGUCGAGACGGCGGAGAUGGAGCCCGGGGACGUGGGCACGCGAGUGACCAUCACCGUGGCCAUCCAAGCGGCCGAGGACGAGGAGCCCGACGAGGAAGAGUCGCUGGACUGCUCCGGGCGAGCCGAGCUCCACGGAGGAAGCUGCAGCGAGGACGAGCUGGCGAGGCACGAGAAGUCCAGUGGUGCUGGAACGAGCGGAGGAGAGCUGGAAGAGGAGAGCUGGCAGCCACCGGACCCUGAGUUGACCCGCAAACUCGUAGCCCAGAUCGAGUACUACCUGUCGGACGAGAACCUGGAGCACGACGCCUUCCUGCUCAAACAUGUCCGCCGCAAUAAGCUGGGCUUCGUCAGCAUCAAGCUGCUCACGUCUUUCAAGAAGGUGAAGCACCUGACUCGGGACUGGAGGACCACGGCCUAUGCACUGCGCCAGUCCAACCUCCUAGAGCUGAACGAUGAGGGCCGGAAGGUUCGGCGCUGCACGAUCGUCCCCGUGUUUGCCAGCGAGUCACUGCCCAGCCGCAUGCUGCUCCUGAGUGAGCUGCAGCGCUGGCCUGAGCUGGGUGUGGCUUUGGCAGGAGGAGGUGGUGCUGGAGAUGGAAGCCCUGGUGGCGGUGUUGCUCAGCAGGAGCGUCUUAUGGAACUCCUCCUCAAAGCUUUCGGCAUCUACGGCCCCAUCGCCUCAGUGCGGGUGCUGAAACCUGGGAAAGAUCUUCCGGCUGACCUGAAGAAGCUGAGUGGCCGCUACUCGCAGCUGGGCAGCGAGGAGUGCGCUAUUGUGGAGUUCGAGGAGGUAGAGGCAGCCAUGAGGGCCCACGAGGCCUAUCUGAGUGGAAAUGGAGACGGCAAGGGCUUGCUUGGGCUCAAGGUGGUGCUGAUUGGCACCAAGCCACCCAAAAAGAAGGUGCAAAAGGAGCGGUCACCAAGGGAGGAGGGCGGAGGGGGGAUGAGCAAGAGCCGUUCGCUAAACAGCAGAGUACGGGAGCUCCAGUACCACGACGAUUCAGCUUGUAGCUCUUCAGAGACGGAAAGCAACCCCACUUCGCCUCGACUUGCCCGAAAAUCACGUUCCAGUUGCAACAAGUUGAGCCCCACCAGCGGAGGCCCACCAAACUUCCACCUGUCGCCCCGCUCCAGCCCCUGGAACAGCCCCAGGGCUAGCCCCAGUGCCCAAAGGAAAGCUCUGCCCCAAUCUGGAAAGUCUCCCCUGGCUAGCGAAGGCAGGCUGAGCCCGGAGCCAGGCCGCCGCUGGGCAGACUAUUCCUCAGACAGCAGCCUGACCCCUUCAGGCAGUCCAUGGGUCCAGCGCAGGAAGCAGGUGGCUAGCCAGGAGAGCAGCCCCGUGGGGAGCCCCAUGCUUGGCCGAAAGAUCCAGAAUGCGGACGGGCUCCCGCCGGGUGUGGUGCGGCUCCCCAGGGGCCCCGACGGGACACGUGGGUUUCAUGAGCGGGGCAAGGUGGCUGCCACGCAAACUUGACUGGAGUUAAAAAGGGAGGACCCUCACUACCCAGGGAAAAAAAAAAAGCAGCACUGGACCUUACAGCAGUGAGUUUCACAUCCUGUAGCCUGCUGCAUUUUGAAUGGUCAUGACCUGUUCUGCCCAUAAAGACCACUGAACUGCCAAGUGUCAUUGUCUGUCUUUGUUAUACCUUUUUAUAUGGGUUUUUUUGUUUUUGCUUUAUAUGAAUGUCAUAAUUUAACUUGAUUUAAACUAUAAUAUUGAUACUAAGAAAAAAAGGGGCUGUUUUUGAAUGCAAAUGACAAACUGGGAUUUUUAUUUGUUUUUUUUUUUUUUGCCCCAAAUGUCAUUGGUCCUAAUGAGGUGCGAUUCUGACUGUAAUGAAACGUGAAUGUUGUAGCUGUGUUUGUUGGUGUGAAGUGGUUUAGGCACAUGGUUUUGAUGUGAACAUCACCAUAUGCCUUGUCGAUAAACAUUGAGCACCUGAGAAGCAGCGAUGAAACUUUUGCUCUUUCCGUGGCCAUAACUUCUCCCUGCUCUUUGAUUGAAUAGUAAUCGCUUAAGAGAAUUCUUUUUGUUCUUUUAAGUUUUAAUUUGCUUUUUUUAAUUUCUUUCUGCCUUUUCUGGACCACUUUUGGUUUCUUUUAGGUUGCUAUUCUAGCAGGGAUAUGUCAAUAGGUGAGGCCCUAUCUGCUUUGUUCAAGUGUAGCAUUUAAGGGAAGGGGUAGUGAGGUGUCUGGCUCCAGCGUGUAAAUGCUUUGCUUUUGCCUUUACAGCUGAGCAGAGACAAUGUACAGCUUCCUAUUGUACAAAUAAAUCACAAUAAUGGCAAUCCGA